AUGUGCAUGCAUACACACAUACCUGGAAUGCUGCUGCAGGGCACAUGCUCGCAGUGGUUGCAGCUGCAGGGCCUCGCUCGCAGCAGCAAGCUUUCAAGCUCCAGCAAGGAUAGCUCACAGCAAGGUUUAGAAGUCGGGAUGGCGAUGUCAGCGGCGGACAGUGUCAUGAUCGAAGGCUUUUUGAAGGCGGCGGAAGCAGGAAAACUUGUGCAGUCGAUAGACUCGUUGCACCAGUUCCUAGUGCAGCAGGGCCUAGCCUGGAAACAGGUAAUCCACUGCCAGCACAUUGGUGUGCAUUCGGAAAACAGGGAUGGCCUGGGAUGCAGCUCGUCGCACGUUCACGAGCUGCUGACAAGCAUCGCAUCGAUUGGCUUCUCGCAGCAGGAGGUCAAAGGAAUCUGCCUGGAGGUCCCCUCCGGUGCAGAAGGGGAUCCCAUCAGAGAAUUCAACGACAACUUGAUCAAGGAAUCCGGUAACAAACUGGCCCCACUGACUGGCAUGCGCUAUGCCUCCAUCGUGGGCAGCCACGCCAACCAGGCAGCAAGGUGCCUCUUCUUCAGGACUCCCCACGAGGACACACGCCUGACGAACGAUGGCAAGCUCUCGUUGGAGAGGCUUGAAUCGCUAGAUCCCGCAUGGGCGAAGUCCAUCACAAACGGCCACGAAUGGCUAGUCGUCAGCUUCCAGGUCGCCCGUUCUUUCCCCCAGUACGUCCUCUUAGCACAGGCUGCGGGUAACGCUGCGGGUCAAAUCGCAGCGGUCGAACAUGAGGUCCAGCUCGCCAAGCGGGUCAAUGCGAGCAUAGCCGCAUUCUUGCAGAGGACGAAGAGCCAGUCCGUGACGUACCAGGACGUGGCGACCGAGAUCUUGAGGAGCCGUUCCCCGCAUGCGGCGGCUCUGCCGUCCAUCUUCACUUUCGUCAUGAAGUGUGGUGGUGGCACGGGCACUACGAGCUUCAUGUCGAAGACAGUGCAGCGGCUGUUGCAAGGCAUCGAGAAUUUGGAGUCGGUGUUGGGCGACUUCGAGGUUGAGCUGGCCGCCGUUGUCCUCCAGAAGAAGAAAAUUGCCAAGCACGACAGCAUUGAGGAAGCUGCCACGACGUGGCUUCAAAAGUUCGGUGUCUCGAGUCUUCGAAUCUUCAACGAAGAAGGGAAGCUUCUUUCCGAUUCCAGGGUCGCGGACUUGGGAUUCAAAUCCGGGAUGGAAGUCAUCCGGAAGGCCGACGACACCAAGGGCACGAUCGUGGACAUCUCCUCCGAGAACGUCCGCCUGAAGAUGGCCGAUGGCAAGAUGUACGAGGCGUCCGCUCAGUCCUUCGUCGACGGCAAGUGGAAGCAGCAUGUCCCCAAGCAAGAACCCACACUUUUCAAAGAAUGGGCUACCUACUCGCCCGUGAAAAACGAUGAGCUCACCAUGUCAGUCGUGAGAGGCCUGGUUUCCAGCAGCAUGAUUGAACAGUAUACCAGCAUGAAGCUCGAUCAGUUGGAUGUCUUCUUGAAGCCGAGCCGCGAUGUGCAGGUGAAGUCCAGCUUCGCUGUUCAUGGAUUGAAACUUCCGAUUGCAAGCUCCCGUAUCGAUUUCAGGGUGCAUGGCGAGAAGAUCCCUUCCGGGUCCUUUCAGGUCGCUCUUAUGGUUGGGGCAUCCAGCACCAAACCCAGCCAUACCAUCUCCGUCCAGCCCUUCGUUCAGGCACCGAAAGAAGGCAGCAAGCAAGGGUUUCUCAAUCCGGCUUGGAUCAUGAAAUGCACCUCGGAUUACGACGAGGGCAACAUGGAAUUCCAUUGCUCCGGGAAGAACUGGGCCAAUCAGAAGCUGAGCUCCACAUCCACUUCCAUGACUCUUCCAGUGAUUCGGAACUACACGAAAUUGGAGUCGGGGGAUUCCUUAGUCCUGUACCGGCCUGAGCUGGCCAAAACCCAGGAAGUGGAAACCCUCCAGCCCGUGAGCAAGCGGCCUAGGAAGUAG